GGAAAGAGGUGUGAUUCAUGUCCCAUGCUUAUAAUAAGCGCUUUGGUUCCACCGCUCAUCGGUUCAUCUCCUCCGCGUACUUGUCAUAAGCGCACUUGCUUCCUGAAGGAUCAUAGACGCUGCUAUCCAUGUCAUUGGCGCACAACCUCCCGCCGAAGGUCCUUGAGCGGAUCGCAGGGUACACGCUUUCACUACCUUCAUCCGAGGACUGUAUCGGCAAACACCCCUGGGCGUUUUCGCAGGUCUGUCACAGCUGGCGGGCCGUAGCGCUGGGAAUGCACUGGGUGUGGGCGUAUAUCAGCCUACCCCGCCUCGACUGGCAAUGGGCAGACGCUGGAUGCGCUUCAGCGACGGCCGCCGUGCGCGCGUACCUUCAGCGCUCGGGCGAGCACCCACUCACCGUCAAGACGGUCAACACGAGGGCGAAGGAUACCGCACAGGACGUAUGGGAUGCUCUCGCACCUCAUGUACACCGCAUACGGGAGCUCGCGUUGAUGUCGAGCGGAGAAGAUCUUCCUGAGGCUUUCCGUUGCCCGCUUCCCGCUCUGCGUGAGCUCCUGGUCGAAUGCGCAUAUGCGCUAUCCAUCGACGCGCCCAACCUGUGCGUCCUCGAGAUCAACGCCAUGUACAUGUCCAACGUGGAUCUGCCUUGGGAGAAUCUGCGUGCCCUCCAGUUCUGCGAUAUGGUGAUCCUCGUUCCGGACUUCCAUGUUCUGCGCAACUGCGCGAGGCUAGAGGUCCUCAGCCUGUCGGUCGAGCACUUCUCCAUGGCAGACGCUCAGCCAGGGGACCCCGUUCAUCUUCGAUAUCUUCACACACUGAUCAUCGGCGAGGCUGCCAUCGAAGUCUGCCCGUAUCUUCGUACUCCUGCGCUGCAGGACUUCACCCUCAGCAUCCAGAGCAAUGACGUGUAUACCGGGUGGCACGAGCGGAUGGGCCUGCUUGAGUCUGUCACUCAUAUGACGCUGCGGGACAUGCGCUGCAUCUACGGCUACGACAUCAACCUCCUCCGCGCUCUUGUCAAGAUUCCGAAGCAGCUGCGCAAACUGACCAUCGUUGACGCUUCGGGCUUGUAUCCCGAGCCGCCGUGCGCGACAAACCAAGGGCUCUUGGACGCGCUCAUCUUCGAUGAGACCGCGCCCUCCCUGACGAGCCUGACGGAGAUGGACUUUGUGAACGGAAUCGAAGGGAUAGAGUGGACAGACGAUGACGUCUCCCUCGUUCGGCGCGUGGUCGAGUCUCGCGCUUCUUCCGGCAGCGACGUCUGCGCUCCCCUCGAGCGAUUCAGCAUAUGGACGCCAUUUGCAGACUUCCCUGCCUCUGCGCUCUUUGAGGGCUGGGCCAAAGUUAAGGGGAACGAUGGGAACUGUAUCUUGAAUGUGGACAUUGGUCGGCAGGGCACGCAGGUUCAAGUCGAACCAGGUUCCGACUUCCGCUUUGCUGUGCAGUUCAUUGCAUGAGUCCUGUAGAGUCGAGUGCUAUAGUUGUGUAAAGAAUCCUCAUUGGUUAAAAUUCGAACAGUGACGUGGACACGGAAGUCGCCGACAACACGUGCCUCAGCUGCAACUUGGCAGCGACGCUCAUUUCCUCCUCGUAUAUUUCUCAUCCCUUCUGCGUGCGUUGAUCGUUGGUGGACC